CGCGAGUCCAUGUCCCGCCCGCCGAGCGAAGGACAGCCCGCCGCGGUCGGUCCAAUAUCUCCGCCGCUGGUGCGACAACAGUCGUCCAAGGGCGGCUCGCGACCUGUCUCGCGGGAGCCGGGGACGCGCGGCGACGGCGAGGGGCUCUCAGCCGUCCCGUCGUGCCCCGGCCGACUUGCGGACGCGUAUGAUGUACAGAAGCCUGUGGGGAAGGGCGGAUAUGCUGUGGUCUACAAGGGCAUCCGGCGGGAGGAUGGUCGCGUGGUUGCGGUGAAGAAGGUCGAGAUUUUUGAGAUGAGCGCCAAGAAGCGCGAGAGGUGUCUCCAGGAGGUGACGCUCCUGCAGCAGCUGGACCACCCCAACAUCAUCCAGAUGUUGGACGCUUUUAUUGAUGAGAAUAUGCUCAUCAUCAUCUUCGAAUGGGCCCCGGCGGGCGACCUGAAGCGCCUCAUUAAGAAGACAGCAGAGCAGGGCAAGAAGCUGGACGAGCCAUCCAUCUGGACGCUGUUCUAUCAGGUGACUGACGGGCUUCGCUACAUGCACCAGCACCGAAUCAUGCACCGGGACAUCAAGCCUGCCAAUGUGCUCGUGGGCGCCAACGGCGCACUCAAACUGGGCGAUCUGGGCCUGGGCAGACAGCUCAGCGAACAGACCAUGGAGGCCUUUUCAAAGGUGGGCACGCCCUAUUACGUGUCGCCCGAGGUGGUGCGCGGCGCGGGAUACGACUGGAAAAGCGACGUUUGGUCCAUGGGCUGCCUGCUGUAUGAGCUGGCGUGCCUGCGGUCGCCGUUUGAGAUGGAGGGCGCUAACCUGUACGACGUGUUUCAGAAGAUCUCCAAGGGAGAGUACAGCCCGCUUCCCGCCGAGCAGUUUUCGGCGCCGCUGCGCAGCCUGGUGGGGCGCAUGUUGCAGAUAGAUCCCGCCAAGCGGCCGGAGCUGGAGGAGGUCUGGAACAUCACGAGCUCGGCGGUGCAGUCGCAGUCACGCACCCGCUCCGACGUGCACAGCACCGCCGCGGAGCUGUACGAGCAGCUCGUACUGCUGUCCUCCGAGGUGACGGCACGCCUGCGCGGCAAAGCGCCGCCCACUACGCCGCCCAACGGCAGGCGCGCCUCUUCCUCUUCAGCAGGCGGGACUAGCGCCACCGGAGGUCCAGCCGCCACCUCCGGCAUCAUGGUACCGCCGCCGAUGGACACUAUCCGCAGCCUCCACCCUCUCUACUUCGCAGAGCCCCUCGUGCCGCCGCUACGUUCCGAUGCCGGCGCGUUCCAGAAGCAGCAGCUAGGUGCUUUCCUGCACGUGCUAGCGUGGCUGCUGCGGCUCAAUGGCAAGUCCGAUGCCGCAGGCGGAGUCGAGGCACAACUUGAAUUUGUUCCUUCGGCGCGCGCUCCCACAGCGGGUCGCGCUGGUGGCACCGCCGCCGCACUGGCGCCGGCCUCCCGCCAGGUCGCGCUUUGCAUUAACGUGCUCAAGGGCGCGGAGGCGGCCAAGCGUGGCGCGCAGGUCAUGGGUCUUAAUACGGAGUUCGCGCCUGUUAGCGCCAUCGCCCUGGGGCACGGCCGGGCUGUGUGUGGGCUGCUGCAGGAUGCCCUGGCUCUGAGUGUGCAGCGGGUCCCGUUGGCGGUGCGGCCAAUGCAGCGGCCGCCAGAGCCGCCAGCGGAAGAGGUGCCGGACGAGGCCGACGGCGGGCUGGAGGGCGCGGCGGAGUCGGUGCUGACGGCGGGCACUCCCGGAACGGGGCCUGGCUACGACACCGAUGGGGAUGGCGAGGAGGCAGAGUACAUGGGCGCGACUGCGGCGACGGACCGGGCGAGGGACUCUUUGGCUCUUGGGGUGGCAAGUACGAGUGGGGGCGGCGUUGCAGGGCGCAGCGGCGAGCGCGACCAGCGCCGGCGAGGGGUUCAGGCGGUCCAGACCACGCGGGUGGAUCCGGUGGCUUGGCGGCAGGAGCUGGAGCGGUUGGCCCCGCAGCUGGGGCGAAUAAAGAUCUCCGCGGCUGCGGCGGCGGGGGAUUGGUCGCAGCGGUGGCAUCAGACCAAAGAGCUGCUGGCGGCGCUGGUGGCGGCAACGCCGGACACGAACGCGUCCCUCGGCCGCCUGGGCGCGGCGGUGUCGAGGGACCUGGAAAGGAUCGAAACCACGGAACGCCGGCUCAACGACAGCACGACCGGUUUGAUGCAGCAAUACGCCGCCAGCAGGCGCCGCCUGGCGGACAUGCAGCGCGCCCGCUGGCAGCACGACGAGCUGCUGGAAAUCGGGCAUUCCGCUCUCGCGCAGCUGUCCGAGCGAAUAGAAGAGGUGCAGCAGGCAAUACAGGACAAGACGGAUGGACUGGACGGCUCGCGGCAGAUUAAGCUCAUCCACGACGCCAUGCGCACCAUGCGCAAGGAGAUGCGACGCAUGGACAUUCGGAUUGGCAUUGUGCGGAACGAGCUCUGGGCCAAGCAGGCGCGGCGUGACUUGCGGCUGGGUGCUGGCAUCUUGGAAGAAGGCGAAGACGAGGACGAGGUAUUUCGUUGAGGGCGGGGAGCAGGCUGGCGCCGGCCCCUGCUUUUCCGUAGCCUCCAGGGCCCUACCGCUUUGCAGGCUACACCGGGCUAGAUGGACUGUGUAUGCAGCAUUACCCAAACAUGUAGUCGAAGGGCUUUGGUGCUGCUGUGGGGUUGGUGGCUGAGGGGCUCCUGGCUUGCUUAUGGAGCUGGCUGCCGGCAGGUGGUGAGGCGCAGGACGUUUGUGGCUGGAAAGUCAUUGUAGGACGGACGAAAGGAGUUGCAGGGGUGGGAGCUCCAGCUCAGUGGGGUUGCGUCGACGGCGGGGCCAAGUAGCUAGGACGCGGAUACGGCGCCGGUGUUGGGAGGCAAUGUCCGUAUGUAGCGAGACAAGUGGCGCGUAUGGGCGCAAAUAGCGGAGGUAGCUGCUACCGCCUGACGAGGUGGAGGAAGACUAGGUAGAGCGUGUGGAAUGGCAUGGACGCGGACGCACAUGGAUAGGACACAUUACUGAUUGGGCCAGGCGGGGAUGUAUCCUAAUUGAUUGCAGCACAGUUGCCGAAUACUAAAGCCAUGGCGGCAUUUCGCUUAGGUCUUAGGUGUUGAAUGGAAGGUUGUCGUGAUCCGACUCGGUGACGUCAUACCGUCCUAACUUCCUUUGGGUGGACUGUAUGCACGUGCAUGUGACUAUGCUUCCAGAGACACAGGAAUAAACCGUACGGUCCUCCAAUAUUCGGCGGCCGGCUAGCUACGGACAAGUGCAAACGGGUGGGCAAGGUGUAAGGAGGCAUAGCCG